AGCACUUUUCUACGGCUGGCACGCGUUAUAAUCCUUUACUAAAGACGCUGAUUGUUUCGUCGCGAAAUCGCUUACACCCAGCUUCACGGCGAUCGAUAUUCAUUCCUGACGAGUUUCUUACGGCUUCGUGCAAACUUCAAUAUCCCCACUGGGCACUCCCUAGCAGCCAUUUGUAACUAUGUCAGACUCUGAGGACCCAAUUGACCUCGCCGACGAGGGGGGUGAUGAUUUGUUCGGAGAUGACGAUGCAGACCCGAAAUCCGACCGUGAGCGCUACCUCAGCGACAAUGAGCUAGCAUCUAAUGGAGGCGCCGCGGAGGAUAAUGCCAUGGACUACGAUGAUGAUGAGGCGGCACAGACUCAGCAAACGAAAGAUGAGAUUGUCAUGGAUAUCGCAUUGAGCAGGCAUAGGAAGCCUAAGGUUAAAAACGGCACGCUGCAAUCAUUGAGAGUCCCCAGUUUCUUGAGUUUUCACGCCCGCGAAUAUGAUCCGGAUACUUUCGAGCCUACGCCAUGGGAUAUGGAGAACGCAAGAUCCGACAAGCCUAAAGGCGUUGUUCGGUUCCGCCGCGAUUCUACGACGGGCGAGAUGGCUAGCAACACUCUAAUUCAUAGAUGGAGUGACGGUUCUUUGACAAUCGCUGUCGGCGGCACUCAUUACGAGAUACAAACGAAGAAGAUGGCCUCGUCCAGCGACAAGUACCAGGAAAGACAAGAUAGUCAUUACUACGCAGCUGCUCCACACUUUCUCAAGGAUUCGCUUCUUACAGUCGGGCAUGUCACUGAGCAGUACACGGUGCUCGUAAACCGAGACAUGCAGGAUGAGGCCACGCUCAAGCUCGCCGAGGAUAUGGCCGCAGCCGCACGAGGCAAGCGGCCGAACGAGAACGAGAUGAUCAUUACAGCGACACGCGAUCCUGAGCUCCAGAAGAAGGAAGCGGAAUUGGCUGAGAAGGAGCGCAUGAAAGCACAGCGACGACGCGAGAAUGCUGCUGCACGAGUCGACUCGCGCGGCACUGGUUACCGAAGCGGUGGCCUCUCGGUGAAUGAUUUGGAAGGGGGGCGCAGAGGCACCGGUGGUUCUCGGAAGCGAGGCGCAGGUGGUGCAUCUCGCGCGAAGCGACGCCGACCCGAAUAUGAUUCAGACGACGACCUCCCGUCGGGCACCCGUCGCCAAGAUGAAUACGACCGUGAAGAUGAUUUCAUCGCACCGAGCGAUGACGAUAUGGCCAGCGAGGCUGAAGAUGAUGAAGAGGAAGAAGAUCUCUUGGAUGACGAAGAGGAGGAGGCGCCACGCAAGAAAAGACAGAAGACAGCGGAAUCCGAAGAGGACGCUGACGCGGAUGCUGAUGCCGAUGCCGACCUGGACGAUCUGGAUGCGCCUGCCCCGACUGAACAGUCGAGGUCAAGGAGACGCAACAUCAUCGAUGAUGACGAUGAAUAAUGAAGUCUGAUGCUAGGGCUAGGGCUAAGGCUGUUAUAGCUAUUCUAGCGAUGGUCAAUAUUGCAGACACGAGAGAAGAAGGGGCUUUUCUGUACAAUAACACAUUCUUCAUGCGCUUAAUAUGCAGCUGUAGCUUUUGCCUCAGAGACUUCAAUCGUCUGGGAAUAUAUAUACCCCUAACUAAACAAUGAUGCAUGCUGCGGCUUCGAGUAUUUCAAGUUUUUUUUUUUUUUUUACCAGUUUUACUAUAACUACAGGUAGCCAGAUGUACGAUAAUGCAAACCUCAUAGCCCG